CCCGCAUCUCCCCUCGAAACGGCCACGAUCCUGCCGCAAUGAAGCACCUGCUUGCGCUGCUGCUCGCCGUUCUACUUCUGGCUGCAUCCAGUGUCAAUGCCCGCCAAGAGACCCUGGCCGCUCGGACUCUCCGGGGCCGCAUCGUCACCAACGAUGUCGUCAAAGAUCUCGACGAUCUUGGACCCAACACGCGGGUCUACCUGAAUGGUGGCGAGCAAGUUUCUCUCAUCGACAAAGAUGGAUACUUUCAGCUCAACAAUCUGCCCGAAGGCUCUCAUCUGGUUGAGAUCGUCAACAGUCGCUUCUUUUUCGAAAAGAUUCGCAUUGAUGUCUCCAAGAGCUCCAUCCAGCCGUCGAUCACCUACCCUGGAACCAACUGGGAGAAGCACGGUCCGCUGCUGACCUUGCCCCUCGAGGUGUCGGCGCACUCCAAGCUGAACUACUUCAUGGCUCGCGAGGGAUUCAGCAUCUGGUCGCUGUUCCAGAACCCGAUGAUGCUCAUGGCCAUCUUUGGUCUGGUUAUGGUCAUUGGCAUGCCCAAGCUCAUGAACUCGCUGGACCAGGAGACGCUACAGGAGGUUCGCCAGCAACGCCAACAAAACACUCCUCAGAUGGAGAUGCCCGACAUCAGCCAGAACCUGGCCAAUAUGUUUGCUCCCAAGAAGAACUGAGCCGGGCUUUGGUGGCAUCUUAUCCGGCCGCUCGAGAGAACACCUGUCCUCCAUCACUCCCCCCUCACCAGAACGCUGCUCGUUGAAAGAAUACAGACUAUAUGCCACGCUCGAUUCCGAAUCCCGAACCUGUGUCGGUGAUAGCCUGCCCAGUGUGCGUACAGCGCUCGUCAGACUCCUGUCCCAUAGGACACCUGUAUACGGGUCCUUCAUUACACACCGAGAGCGCAAGGGAAUUCGCAAUCUAAUAUUGGGGCAAGAGAACAC